GGGGAGGCCGCGACGACAGAGCAGACAGGCAUGUGUGACAGGAAGAGCAGAACAAGAAGAAGGCCAAUGAGGUAGUGGGAAGGAGAGAGAUAGAGGUAGAUGCCGAUGGGCCCAUGGCCGGCUGUUUUUGUUUUGCCUGAGGACACUAGCAAAAAACCAACAUUCCAAAGUGCAAGCAGAGCAAUCGACAAGGAUUCCACAAUUCCAGUAUCUCUGAUAUAAAAAAAAAUGUUCCAUCAGUUAACGACAGCUACAAAUAAUUUUGACUAGAGUUGAGAGAGGCGGCAACAGGGCAUCGGACUGAAGAAAAGCUUAACCUUCCAUCCAGUCACAAAGUUUUGACUUCAGCAGGGGAGGAGGAGGAGAAGGAAGUAGUCAAUUCAUUGCAGAUACCAGUAUAGGACAGAUUCUGACGAUCAUGGAUGAUCAAGCAAUCUCAAGAUCUUAUCUAGUAUCUGUGAAUGGACUCCCAAGUCCUAUUAUGCUUCAGUGAUUAUUAUUGAAGAGUGCUUUCCUACUCUACGGAACCUGACUGGCGGGCUUGGGGGAGAUUUUCUCAUUUCAGCUGCUGCUGCUGCUGCACUUUUACUGCUCACCAAUUACCACGCACGUCAGUCCGUCUCUGCUCCGCUAAUCAUCUCUCAGCUCUGCUCCUAAGCUCCUCCUCCUUAUACUUUAUUGUCUGCUAUUGAAAGUACUUGGCACUACACAGUAUACCAGAUCUCGUCUGCAAGCUAGCCCACAAAAGCAACACUUUCGAAUAUCUUGCUUAGCUAAACAAACUUGGAAUGAACAUAUCCAAGUAACUAAGAAUUCAGAUUAGACCACCAUACCAAGCCCGCCUACCUCCAUGAAAAGUGAAGGCAAAUAAGCCAAUGAUCAGAGGUUAGAUCAAGCUGCUGCUCUCUGCAAGGAGGAAGAGGAGGCUGCAAGCAGCAGCUAUUCGGUCGUUUUGUUCAAGAUGACAUCCAGUGCAGCAUUCUUUCCUACUUUCUUCUUCCUCCUCUUCUCCAUGCUUGCUCUCACUCCAAUACACCGGUUUAAUGCUGCAGCUCUUUCUCAAGACCAAGACCAAGACAAUGAUGCUACCUGGCUUCUGAGCUUCAAGGCGUCCAUGAUCUACUCCGAUCCCUCCAACCUUCUUGGCUCCUGGAACACUUCACCUAAUCCCUGCUCCAAUUCUUCCUCCUCCUCAUCCUGGUUCGGCGUCUCCUGUGAUCCCAUCUCCUCCAGGGUCGUUUCUCUUAACCUCACCAUCCCCUCCCAAGGCCGACAACCAAAUGGGUUCAACAUUCUCUCCGGCACCCUCUCUCCUUCCCUUGCCCACCUCACCCACCUCCGCACCCUCUCCCUUGCUCACCAUGCCUUCUCUGGGCACAUUCCCCCACAACUCGGUUCUCUCAAUUCUCUCCAAAUCUUGGAGCUCCAAGGCUGCAAUCUCUCCGGUUCCAUUCCCCAUUCGCUCUCCCUAUCUCUCUCACUUCGCUUCCUUAACCUAUCCCACAACUCUCUCUCCAAUUCCAUCCCCCCAGGUUUCCUAAAUUCCACCGGGGCCUUGGCUGUCCUCGAUCUAUCCAAUAAUCUUCUCUCAGGGACCCUAUCCUCGUCCAAAUCCAGUUCCAAUGGAUGCCCCCAAUCUCUCACUUACUUGAGCCUCUCUAACAAUUUCUUGGUUGGCGACAUUCCCGCUAACAUAGGCACAUGUUCGAAUCUCACCGCUCUCUUGCUCAACGGAAACCUCUUCGAAGGCAAGAUCCCUUCAACACUAGGCCAUCUCUCUCGACUACAGGUUCUCGACAUAUCCAGGAACAGUCUCACCGGCACCAUCCCCAUUGAGCUUGCCAACUGCAAGAGCCUCUCCGUUCUUGUCCUGACCAAUUUGUUGCUUGAAUCUGACUCUCCACCACCGUCAGGCCUCGAUUUUGCCACCUUCAGGGGAGAAUUUAAUGCCUUCAAUGGAGGCCUACCCUUCCAGGUCUUGCUUCUUCCCAAUCUUCAAAUGCUUUGGGCUCCCAGGGCCAAUCUGGCUGGACCAUUACCUACUAAAUGGACGCCAUCUUGCUCUCUCAGGGUUCUCAACUUGGCCCUCAAUAACAUCAUUGGUUCUAUGCCUUACAGCUUGGCCGCCAUGUGUACUAAUCUCACUUUCUUGGACUUGAGUUCAAAUGCGUUGCAGGGUUAUUUGCCGCCGAAUUUCCAAAUCCCUUGUACGGCCUAUUUCAACGUAAGCCGAAAUUCCCUUUCUGGAUUUAUUCUUAUUCAGGAUACUUUUGAUACCAACGGAAACAGCAGCAGAUGUGGUGGCUUGGCCGUGAAAUCUUCUUGUGGAGUAGACCUGCUAGGCCUUCUGGACUUGGAAGCUGAGGAAGGCCUUCUUCAUACUGCUUACUCUUUUAUCAGUCCUUGUUGGGCAUCUCAUUCUCAAGAUAUUGAUCUCUCUGGAGCUGCUUUGCUGGGUAGUGAUGUUCCAGUUGUAGUAACUCAUGAUUUUAGCUGGAACUACUUUUCUGGUCCACUGCCCUUCUUCUCUAUUUUGUUGGCUGCUCCUGUCAAAGUAUCAUAUUGGUUGUUCUUAAACAAUAAUGUUUUCAAUGCGACUCUGUCGAGCAAGUCUUUGCCCAGCUGUGAAAAUCUGCGAAGCUUCUAUUUGAAUUUGAAUUCCAACCAAGUAUAUGGAGAGAUUGACGCCAAGUUUUUCAAUUGCUCGUGCCUAGUUUACUUUGAAGCUGCACAGAAUUUGAUAAAUGGUUCCAUCCCAGCAGAGGUGGGGAACUUGAAAAAGCUUCAACAUCUAGACCUCAGCAGAAAUAAACUAUCUGGCUACCUGCCCGAGAGACUUGGGGAGUUGGAAGGCUUACAACAUGUUCUUCUCGCUGAGAACAAUUUGACUGGAGAAAUUCCAAAUCAAAUUGGUGAAUUGACUUCGCUGAUGGCCUUGAAUUUAUCUCAUAAUGAUCUCAGAGGAUACAUUCCAACAAAUCUUGGCAAUGCAAAAAACCUUGAAAUUGUGUUGCUAGAUCAUAACAGCAUAUCCGGAGAAGUACCUUCAUCAGUCGCAGCCCUUUCCAACCUUGCUCUUCUUGACCUAUCAUUCAAUAACUUGUCUGGUCCCAUACCUCCUUUUAAGCAUGCAAUUAACUGUGACAGCUUUAAAGGCAAUCCAUUUCUACAGUCAUGCCCCGAUCAUGGUGCUUCAGCGCCUCCGACUGGGCUUCCUUUCCCUCUUAAAGUGCGCAAGUGGCAAAACCGAAGUAAAUUGAGAUCUUUUGUCAUAGGAAUAUCCACUUCUGUGUCUGUUUUGGUUUCGAUACUCGCAGUUAUAUUUGUUUUUAUUCUUGGGAGGAGAAAGCUUAGUAGGCUUGCUAGCCUGAGGAGGAAAGUUGUAGUGACUUUUACAGGUGCUCCUCCAGGGUUGAAUUAUGACAAUGUCAUUAGAGCAACUGGGAAUUUCAGCGUGGGGAAUCUCAUCGGCUCUGGCGGCUUUGGGUCUACAUACAAGGCUGAACUUGUCCCUGGCUUCCUCGUGGCAGUGAAGAGGCUAUCAAUUGGUAGAUUUCAAGGUAUUCAGCAAUUUGAUGCAGAGAUAAGAACGUUAGGAAGAAUAAGACACAAGAACCUUGUAACACUCAUGGGAUACUAUGUUGGCAAGGCUGAAAUGUUCUUAGUCUACAACUACCUUCCCGGGGGAAAUCUUGACACCUUUAUACAUGAAGAAACAUGCAUGAAUAAAGAGUGGCGGGUGAUACACAAGAUAGCCGUCGAUGUAGCUAAGGCUCUCACUUACCUCCACUACUCAUGCGUUCCGCGCAUAGUCCAUCGAGACAUAAAGCCCAGCAAUAUCUUGCUUGACGAGGAACUCAAUGCGUACCUGUCAGACUUUGGAUUGGCUCGGCUUCUGGAAGUUUUCCAGACACAUGCCACCACUGAUGUAGCAGGCACAUUUGGUUAUGUUGCACCAGAGUACGCGACGACUUGCAGGGUUUCAGACAAGGCAGAUGUCUAUAGCUUCGGCGUGGUUCUCUUGGAACUGCUGUCAGGAAAGAAGUCUCUUGAUCCUUCCUUCUCUGAAUAUGGAAAUGGUUUCAAUAUUGUUGCUUGGGCCAGGUUACUGGUUGCAGAAGGGCGUUCCUUUGAGCUCUUCUCACCUGAAUUAUGGCAAUCUGGUCCGCACGAUGAUUUGCUAGCCAUGUUGAGGCUUGCAUCAAGUUGCACCGUGGAGUCCGUGUCCGUGCGUCCCUCUACGAAACAAGUUCUUGAUAAAUUGAACCAGUUAAACGUGUGAAACAAGCAAUGAGCGGAUUCGCCUGCUCUAAACACAAUGGAAUUACCAGAGCCAAAGUCUUCACUUUAUGUUUGGACAAUAUUAGGCAGGAAGCUGAUGAUGAAGGCGACAACAACAAUCUUGCAGAAUCAAACACUUCACAAGAGUGGAGGGGCCACUCUGCAUCUGCUGAUCGGAGACUUGCUCCCAAUGUCUUGCAAAGGAUGGCAAUUACUUAGCAGAUGAUCAUGAGAAUGUGGGCCUGGAGUGGUAUCAUUCUGGUCUCCAUCUUGAAUUGUAUCUUGGACAGAGAACAAGGUCCUUAUGUUUCUUUCAUGCCUCUCUACUGGUCUGGGAAUCUAGAUGGAUAGCUAUAGAUAGCCCUGAUCUAUCUUAUGUUUUCGGGGUAACAAUACUUUCACACGUUAGAUUGCUAGAUUACAAUUCCUGCAGUGUUCAGUCAAUUAGACUGGAUAUAUAUAUAUAUAUAUAUAUAUCCAUGCAUGUAUAUAAAUUUAUCUGCAUAUACCUCUAGAAACCUCUAGACUAUGUAGCAUUCUAGAGCCCAUUCAUAGCAAGGCUUAAACCUCCAAAGGAGUAGGAAAACGCAUCUGUAGCAUUUUUUUGAAUCCUUCCUUUUCAAUCAUGGGAAAUGCCUUCUUCACACAUCUUUAAUUUCUGCUUUAGACGUGGCAGCAAAAUGAAAUAUCUGGUUUCUCCA